UGGUGGCCAAACCGGGAUAAAAAAGCAACACCAAAAUUCGCGGACAUCUUGAAAAAGUUGGCAUUCUUAUGGCACGUUCUGCGCCCGUUCUGUUGGGAUAGCUGAGCCAAAAAGACGUUUGUCUCAAUGAAUAUUCAUAUCCAAGUGAGAGACAGAUUGCUAUCUCCACGACCUUCACAAUGGCCUUCACAAUGCACUCACAUUCGGGCCAAUUCUGCCCUGGCCACGCCAAAGACCAACUGGAGGAUAUAGUCAAGCACGCAAUCAGCAUCGGCCUUAAAACCAUUGGCCUCACCGAGCACAUGCCCCGGACCGAGUUGUCAGAUCUGUACCCGGAAGAGCUCGACGACCCAGAAGCCUCCCUCGCGGCCCUCAUGCCCCGCCACGAGGCCUACCUCCUCGAAGCCCGUCGCCUGCGGGACAAAUACGCCUCCACGGCGACGAUCCUUGUCGGCUUCGAGGGCGAGUGGAUCCGCCCGGGCUACGCACCCCUAGUCUCCUCGCUAUCCGCCCACGCCGACGUCGACUACUUCAUCGGCUCGCUGCACCACGCCGCGGGCCACCCCAUCGACUUCGACGCCGCCCACUACGCCGCCGCCGUGGCGGCCUGCGGCGGCGACGAGGAGAGCCUCUUCGCCGCCUACUACGACGAGCAGCGCGCCAUGCUGGCCGCCCUGCGGCCCCGCGUCGUCGGCCACUUCGACCUCGUCCGCCUCUUCAGCGCCGAGCCCGCGCGGCGCCUGCGCGGCUGGCGCGGCGGCGGGGUGUGGGCGCGCGUCGUGCGGAACCUGGAGCUCGUCAGGGGCUUUGACGGCUGGCUGGAGUGCAACACCAGCGCGCUGAGGAAGGGGCUGGCCGAGCCGUAUCCUUGCAGGGAGAUCGCGGAGGAAUGGAUCCGGAUCGGGGGCAAGUUCACAUUCUCGGAUGACAGCCAUGGCAUUGCCCAGGUGGCAACCAACUACUCCCGCGGACUGGACUAUCUCGAGAGUCUGGGCGUCAAGGAGGUCUGGACUUUCGAGAGACAGCCACCAUCGUCGGCACACUCUGAUCAAGACUCAAAGCCGGUGUUGACGGAUAAGGCCGUCACCCUGCAGGAUUUUCGAGCCUCCUUGAACCUGGGGUCUGACUGAAGCAUUUCAGGGUUGAACAUAAGACAAUAGAGACGGAUGGCAUUGUUGGCUGUUCACGGGAACCAGGUUAGAAGGGGAAUACUUUGUGUUAAAAUUAGACGGCCCCUGACAUACAGGGGGCUCUUGACUCCCACGUUACAGUGGCUCCAUUAGAGGUAAAACAAAACACGGUCGAAGCCACGGGCAGCACCAAGUCUA